UGAAAGAGUUAGACGAAAACCAACUGUAAGCUGUAGAGUGAUCGAAAUGGCUCUGCCAUCGCCAGGCAGGGGUUCCGACAAUACUGAACUGAACCAGGAAAUUCAAACUCGAUCGCUUCAAGAUCGAGUUGCGAUUGUUACUGGUUCGUCCCGCGGAAUCGGUCGAGAGAUUGCGCUCCAUCUAGCUUCACUCGGUGCCAGAGUCGUCGUCAAUUACUCCUCCAACUCGGCUCCUGCGGAGUCAGCCGCCGCCCAGAUUAAUGCCUCUUCCCCGCGUGCCAGUAGUCCAAGAGCCAUUGUCGUCAGGGCUGAUGUUUCUGACCCGACUCAAGUGAAGUCUCUCUUCGAUGAGGCUGAGAAGGCCUUCAACUCACCGGUUCAUAUCCUGGUUAAUUCUGCUGCGGUUAUCGACAGCAAUUACUCUUCUCUGGCCAAUAUUUCCUUGGAGGACUUCGAUUAUAUUUUCAGUGUGAACGCAAGAGGGGCGUUUCUGUGCUGUAAGGAGGCAGCAAACCGUUUGCAACGUGGCGGAGGAGGUCGAAUUAUAAUGUUAUCUACAUCAGUGGUGGGUUCAUUGAUGCCCGGUUAUGGGACAUACGCAGCAUCCAAAGCAGCCGUAGAGACAAUGGUGAAGAUUUUAGCAAAAGAGCUGAAGGGGACGGGAAUCACGGCCAACUGUGUUGCGCCGGGGCCAGUUGCAACAGAGAUGUUUUUUUCUGGUAAGACUGAAGAACAAGUGAAGGCGGCUAUUGACGUAUGUCCUCUGGGCAGGCUUGGCGAGACCAAGGAUUUAGCCCCUGUGGUGGGAUUCUUGGCCACUGACGCCGGUGGGUGGAUCAAUGGUCAAGUGAUUCGUGUUAAUGGUGGCUAUGUUUAAGGGUGAUGAAUAAUCUCUUCUACUGGGGCUGCUUUUUCCCGUGUAGACUAAUAAGAUGCCGGUCUUGCUAUUGUUAUACGUAAAGGCUGUGUAAUGUAAAUGACGUCUGGGUUGAUGAAGCCCUUGACCAUAUCUUUAUAAUUCCCAUGGUUUAUAGCUUCUCAAUGAUUAGCAUGUAAUUUUCAUUUGCGAGGCUAGACCGUUGCUUCGUUU